AUAGAUGUUGGACUUGUGCACCAAAGGAAUCUAUUACAGACAAUUGGUUAUCAAUUUGAGCACUGGAACCUUUUGGUUUGUUGACUUGCCUAUGCAUCUACUUUCUUUACCCAGCUCAUGUCCUACUCAGAAUGUUGAUGCAUGUGCUUGGCAUUGUUGAGUUCUGUUGAAUUGUGCCUUGUUGAGUCAUUUAACUUUUUUUUUUUUGACUUGUGUUGGUGAAGAAGGAAAAAUCCAUAUAUCACACUUUAAAUAUGCUCAGCAUAGAUCUGACUAGAAAAUGCCUUGUUGCUGAAGGUUGAUGUCCUGUUUUUGCAACUAAUCAGAUUCAAAAUACUUACAGUAGGCAAUGAUAGACAGCAAUGCACCCAUUGGAUCCAUUUUCCACGUUCUGCAGACAAAAGAAUCACCACCUACCUAUUUCCGUACAAACAAAUUUACUUCUGCUUUUCAAGAAAUUGUCGAUGCAUAUGGGGUUGCCAAGUAUCAGGAAGCAAACCCUGGUAUAUUCACAAUCAUCACAUUCCCUUUCCUUUUUGCUGUUAUGUUUGGUGACUGGGGCCAUGAAGCUAGGAGACACAUCACAGUAAUGGUUUUUGGCAGUCGCUACGUUAUCAUGAUGAUGGCAUUGUUCUCUAUCUACACAGGAUUGAUAGAUAAUGAAUUCUUUUCUGUCCCAUUUGAACUAUUUGGGCCCUCUGCUUAUGCAUGCCGUGACCCUACCUGCAGUGAUGCUUCUACAGCAGGUUUGUUAAAGGUUUCUCCCACUUAUCCAUUUGGUGUGGAUCCUAAGUGGCAUGGUACUAGGAGUGAAUUACCAUUUCUGAACUCAUUGAAGAUGAAGAUGUCAAUUUUACUCGGAGUAGCCCAGAUGGAUCUUGGGAUUAUACUAAGCUACUUUAAUGCUAAAUUUUUCCAAAAUGAGCUAAAUAUCUGUUUGAUUUUGCUAUAGGUACCAGUUUGUUCCCCAAAUGAUAUUUUUAAACAGCUUGUUUGGCUACUUGUCACUCCUCAAUUGUAAAAUGGUGCACUGGCUCACAAGCUGAUCUUUAUCAUUUGAUGAUAUACAUGUUCUUGAGUCCUAGUGAUGAUCUUGGUGAAAAUCAGCUUUUUGUUGGCCAGAAGUUUCUUCAGAUACUGUUACUGCUGUCGGCCCUUGUUGCUGUACCCUGGAUGCUGUUUCCAAAGCCUUUUCUCUUGAAAAAGCAAUACCAAGAAGUAUGCCUCUGACAACACUUCGUGCAAACAAACGCACCUAAAAAAUCAAUACGUGGAAAUGCCUAGUGUGCAUUACAUAUGUGCUUUUAUUCCUCUUAAACUUAACCACAUGUCUUUUUCCCCCUCUUUCCCCCUCUAUUUGAAAAUACCCUACCUUGUGAUUUCUUUUUACUUCAGAGGCACCAAGGUCAAUCCUACGCAUUGCUUCACGACUUUGAUGAUCCUCUUGAAAUGGAAACACAUCAUGAUUCUUGUAGCCAUGAAGAAUUUGAGUUCAGCGAGGUUUUUGUACACCAACUUAUACAUACUAUAGAAUUUGUGCUUGGAGCAGUGUCCAAUACAGCUUCAUAUUUACGGUUGUGGGCCCUCAGUUUAGCCCAUUCAGAGCUGUCAAGUGUAUUCUAUGACAAGGUUUUGCUUCUUGCUUGGGGGUUUAACAAUUUAAUUGUCCUUAUUGUUGGCAUAAUUGUAUUUAUAUGUGCAACUGUUGGUGUGCUAUUAGUUAUGGAAACCCUCAGUGCAUUGUUCCAUGCACUGAGGCUUCACUGGGUGGAGUUCCAGAAUAAGUACUAUGAGGGAGAUGGUUAUAAAUUCCAGCCAUUUUCAUUUGCAUAACUUAAGGAUGAGGAUGAAUAAAGAACUACUUGAAAACUAAGUCACCAUUAAAGGGUAGUAUACAAAAUUCAAUCUUAAAAAAUUGGUUGUAGCAUA